GAGAUCCGACCCAAGUCAACACUCGCACUCUUCUCGUUCCUUUUCACUUUCCUCUAACACUCACCGUAAUCCUUUAAACCCUAACUUUGCCCUAAAACCUUCGAAAUCAAAUUCGCAACCAUGUACGGAGGAGAUGAAGUAUCAGCUAUAGUAAUUGACCUCGGCUCCCAUACUUGCAAAGCUGGUUAUGCCGGCGAAGAUGCUCCGAAAGCCGUUUUCCCCUCGGUGGUUGGAUCGAUUGAUCAAAUGGAAAUUGAGGACCCUGCUAGUGUUGAAAAGAAUGCUUCUGCAGAUUCGAAGAGCGUUAAUGUUAAAGAUUCCGAGAAAGUCAAGGGAAACCGUAAAUUAUAUGUAGGAUCUCAAGCUUUAGGAUUUCGUCGGGAUAAUAUGGAGGUGUUAUCGCCCAUAAAAGAUGGGGUUGUUGUUGACUGGGAUAUUGUUGAUAGCAUUUGGGACCAUACUUUCAGGGAAUGUCUAUUGGUGGAUCCUAAAGAGCAUCCAAUGUUGCUUGCAGAACCUUCAUUCAACACCCAACAACAGAGAGAGAGGACUGCAGAGCUAAUGUUUGAAAAAUACAAUGCCCCAGCCUUAUUUUUGGCCAAGAAUGCUGUUCUUACAUCGUUUGCUUCAGGCCGUCCUACAUCACUAGUUGUUGAUUGUGGCGGAGGUUCAACUACUGUUGCUCCAGUGCAUGAUGGUUAUGUUCUUCAAAAGGCAGUCCUUUCUUCUCCCAUAGGAGGAGAGUUUCUCACUGAUUGCCUAUUAAAAAGCUUGGAGAGCAAAGGUAUCACAAUAAAACCAAGGUAUUCUUUUAGGAGAAAGGAAAACCGGCCAGGUGAAUUUCAGGCAGUGGAUAUUGAUUUUCCUAAUACAACCGAAAGUUACAAACUCUAUUCCCAGAGGGUAAUUGCAAGUGAUAUCAAGGAAUGCGUUUGUCGAGCCCCAGAUACGCCUUAUGAUGAAAAGGCGUACUCAAAUAUUCCAAUGACUCCAUAUGAGCUUCCUGAUGGACAGACAAUUGAAAUUGGAGCUGAUAGAUUCAAGAUGCCAGACAUUCUUUUCAAUCCAUCCUUGGCCCAGACAAUUCCUGGCAUGGAGAAUAUUGGGGAGAUUACUUCUAAUGUUCGUGGUUUGCCACAAAUGGUCAUAGAGAGCAUUAAUAAGUGUGAUGUGGAUAUUCGGAGAGAACUAUUUAGUAGUAUACUGCUUGCUGGUGGCACAGCAUCAAUGCAACAGUUGAAGGAACGUCUUGAGAAAGAUUUGCUUGAGGAGUCUCCUCAAGCUGCUAGAGUUAAAGUGCUGGCAAGUGGAAAUACAACAGAAAGGAGAUUCAGUGUAUGGAUUGGUGGGAGUAUACUGGCUUCUCUCGGUUCAUUUCAGCAAAUGUGGUUCUCAAAGGCCGAGUAUGAAGAGCAUGGAGCUUCUUAUGUUCAAAGAAAAUGCCCUUGAUAAGGAAACUAGAUUGUACCUGCAUAUAAUGGCGGAUUAAGCUAUGGCCAGAGAUUAGCUGUCAAAAGAAAUCUUAGGUUUAAAAGUAAAAUUAUGCAAUAACAUUGACCUUUCGGAGGUUCAUAUUUAACGUACUUUCUAAUCAAAAUUAUGGUAUGUAGAGCAGUUUUUAACUUCAUCAUGUAUUAUUCUCCAACUUAGAUCACCUUCCAUCUCAUUCUGUAGCAUAGGUUUAUUAUUAGUAUAUUUAAACAUGGAUGGACCGGUAUGAGCUUAUUUGAGUUUAGUGUUGGAAUUA